AUGCAGCUUACCUUGGAGUGCCGACAGCAGCAGACGCAGAGAGGAGGAGGAGGAGGAGGAGGUGAGGAGUUAUUUGACAGGGGGGAGACAGACGGCGCACAGAGAGACGUUUAAAGCAGAGUUUACCUACUCAGGAGUCAGGCCUCUGUGUCUGAUCGCUAUUUGUUGUACAGAAAGGAAAGAAAAAAGCAGCGGAGGGGGAGGAAGAGGAGGCAAAACGGGGAAAAAAAUCAAACUCUUAAUACUAUUGUGCGCCUAUAACCAUCUGUCACAGCUAGCCUGGAGAUGAGACUGAGAUUAGGGGGAAUAAACGCCGGGGCCGCAGAGCAUCGGUAAAGCCUUCAGGGCAACAACAACAAAAACAGGAAUAAAAAAACAAGGUGGAGGGGGCGUAAGACGAAGAGAAACGAGGCGAAAAAUCAAACUCACAGGGGACGCUCUAAUUCUGAGGCACUCAUGGAUUACAGAUUGUAACCUGCGCUGACAACGCAGGGGGAAAUAUUACAGCUACGGCGGAUAUUAUGGCGAGACUUGGAGGGGUCUGGAUGAUGAUGUUGAUGGCGGCGGGGCGGUGAUGAUGAUGAUGAUGAUGAUGAUAGUAGCAGGGAUGAUGGCGGUAAUGACACCACUCACGCUCACGUUCCUCCAACAGAAAUGAAAAGAGGAAGGAAGUAAGGAAAGGAGAGAAGGUGGCAGUGUCUUCUCCUUCUUCUUCCUCUUUCCCUCCUCACCCUCCUCCCCCACCUCCCCCCGAUGGAUGCCAUCGGCUUAAGCAGAAGCAUUUGGUGGCUCCUGAGGCAUCCGUGGAUCUCACCCCCUUUAAAUUUACCGUGAAGGUUCUUAGACUCCCUAUUCAGGCGGGAUAUUCUCGUUUAUUGCUUUUAGAAGACAAACCUCACAAAAGCACAGUGUCACCGCUGCUGCAGAGCACAGGCCGGGAAGAAUACGCCGCUUUUUCUCUGAAUUAUGAUGUACAAUAUGACACAGAGAGAUUCUUAAGGUGCUUUACAUUCGGGGAAUUUAGGUACGGAGCAUGACGCAAGAGAGAAGAAUGUGAUGUUCCUGCUGGAGAGGGUUUUGUUGUUAAUGAAUUUGCACCUCAAAGCAGCAGCAGCAGCUGUAUGUGCAGUGAAGCUGCAGAGAGCGUGGAGGAGGUGGACGACCAGGAGAAAGCUGCGAGAUUAGGAAGGAGGUCAAGACGUGAUUUUGACAGUGGUGGUGCAAUAUUUCUGUGGAAAGACAACGUUUUUAUUGUUUAGAAAUGUAGUUGGAGACGGAUGAGCUGCUCCUGUUGUGCUCCAGUGAAUUAUCUAUUCUCAAACCGGGGAUUGUGACUCUUAUGGGGGGUCUGGAGGUCUGA